AUUUUUAAUUUUUUGGUGCAGAAUUCCCUCAGGAGUAUCCUUUGCAUUUGACUGGAGAUGGGUGCAAGCUAUGGAUCUAAAUUUCAACCACAAAGGGAGUUUGGCUCUGGGGAUUUGGUUCAUCCCAUUAUAAUGACAGGGGGCAUUUGUAAUAUACCUAGUUCCAGGUUUAGAUUUUGUACCAGCCCAAUGCUGAAUGGUGUGCAGACCUGGGGGGUUCCUUCUGGCCCCUCUGACUAGCGAGGUGACACUCUCCAGUCAUCAUUGUUUAUGGAGCAGUCAGGCUGCAGGUUCAACAUGUGACUCCUGACACAGAGGGAUUUACUGCAGGGAGACAAUCUCAGGGUCUGGAUUUGAGCUCAGGAGUCUAAUAAUGAGGUCAGUGGAAAAUACCUUUUUAUGAGGACUGGUCACAUGACUAACAUCUGGAAUGAGUCAAGCUCUAGGCACCAUGUUAUGGCUUUCCCCCCUGCUCAGCUGAGCACAACAGAAAAUCUAAAGUUAGAUCCAAGCUGAAGUCAAAGCAGGGAUCUGGGGCUUGGGCAUCUCUGAGCCAGACAAUGGAGCCGGCCAUUGCAACUGCUGAUCUGCCCAUGGAAAAGAGAAAGUACCAGGCACCACAAGCUUACGUGAGCAACAGAAAGUGACCCCUUCUUCCCCUUGCAUUUCUGAGUGGGUUUGAUCUGAGCUCAAGCGGAGGGGACCCGGGGGAAUGAAAGUCGUUAGAGAUGUUAGCUUAGCCCCAUCCUGCUCAUUCCCGCCACAGGGCUUAGUAAGAGCCAGCUCUGGUCUUGUUAGCAUAGGAGAGAUACCCAGAUCCAUCAGAGCCCCGCCCUUCCUGCAGCUGAGGGGGCAGGAGCUGCUCACCUGACCCCUGCUUUGUCCUGUCCAGUUUCAACUGAUGGCGCUUCCCCCGAGCCACCAUCCCCCAGUCUUUCCAGCUCUCACUGCCGAGGAGUUUCCCCAGCUCCGUGCUCCCCCGCCCGCCGCCCAACCUGCUGCAAUGGGCUGCGCUGGCUGGUUCCAGUGUCUGGGAGGGAUUGCCCUGCUUGUGCCUUCCAGGUUUUACAACAAGGUGCAGGAUUUGCACCAAGGAACCGGGGGCUCUGCGGCGAACCCGUUACUCGCCUACUCGCUGAUCAAGAGGCUGCAGUCCGAUUGGCUGAAUGUGGUGCACAGCCUGGAGGCCAGUGAGAACACUCAAGCGCUCAAGUACGGCUACACGCAGGUGGAGAAGGACCUGCCUGACUUCGAGGACUUGGAGGGAGCAGCACGGGCGCUGAUGAGGCUGCAGGACGUCUACGCUCUGAGCGUGAAGGGGCUGGCGAAAGGCGUGUUCCAGAGAGCCAGCGGCACCCACCUCCCCGACCUCUACAGCCCCGGGCAGCUCUUCCCACUCUCCGCUGAUGACUGCUUCCUCGUCGGCAAGGUGGCGUACGACAUGGCGGAUUACUACCACUCCAUUGCCUGGCUGGAGGAAGCCGUCAGCCUCUUCCGCGUCUCCUACGGGGAGUGGAACACGGAGGACGAGGGCAGCCUAGAGGACGCGCUGGACCAUCUGGCUUUUUCCUAUUUCAAGGCAGGAAAUGUGUCUCAUGCCUUAAGCCUCUCCAGAGAGUUUCUUCACUAUGAUCCCAGCAACAAAAGAAUCGCUAGGAAUGUCCUGAAGUAUGAAAGGCUCUUGGUGGAAAGUCCAGAGCGCGCCAAGGCUGAGGUGGGCCUGCAGAGGCCAAAUGUGACUCACCUGCAGACUAGGGACCUCUAUGAAGAGCUGUGCCAGACUCUGGGGUCACAGCCAACCCAGUAUCAGAUCCCAGCCCUCCAUUGCUCAUACGAGACGAACGACAGCCCGUACCUGAUCCUCCAGCCGGUGAAAAGAGAGCUGAUCCGGCUGCAGCCGUACGUAGCCCUGUACCACGACUUCAUCAGCGACCUGGAGGCGGAGAAGAUCAAGGGGCUUGCAGCUCCCUGGCUGCAGAGAUCAGUGGUUGCCUCGGAAGAGAAGCAGCAGAAAGCCGAGUACCGGAUAAGUAAGAGCGCCUGGCUGAAGGACACCGUCGACCCCGUAAUCGUGUCGCUAGAUCAGAGGAUCACAGCCCUGACUGGCUUGAACAUUCGGCCACCGUAUGCAGAGCACCUACAGGUGGUGAAUUAUGGGAUAGGUGGACACUACGAGCCUCAUUUUGACCAUGCCACUUCAAGAAAGAGCCCCCUUUACAGAAUGAAGUCGGGUAACAGACUGGCCACAGUCAUGAUCUAUCUGAGCUCGGUAGAUGCCGGAGGAUCCACUGCCUUUAUCUAUGCAAAUCUCAGUGUGCCUGUGGUCAAGAAUGCAGCUCUGUUUUGGUGGAACCUUCACAGGAACGGAGCCGGGAAUGGGGACACCCUCCACGCCGGCUGCCCAGUCCUUGCGGGAGACAAGUGGGGUAAGAGACGCCAGAGAUCAUCACAAUGCACAGCCCGCUAGCCUCCCGGUGGCAAACAAAUGGAUCCACGAACACGGGCAGGAGUUCCGGAGGCAGUGUGGCCCCGACCCGGAUGACUAAGGGCCGGAGCAGAGCCUGAGCACCCCACCCGAUCCGAAGGCGUGGGAGGAGGUGGGGGAUGGAAACCCACCGCCAUCAGAGCCGGAAGCAGGGACCACCUAAAAGCCAGCUGGUUGGCUGCAAGGGAAUAUGGCCUGCUGCCAAGGCACGUCUCAGCAAGGCUUCCUCUGCUGCGUAUUGAGUCUAAGGAUCUAGGAGGGGCCGGGAGGGGGGAAUGGAACAAAAGUCACUGUGGGAGGGGAGCAGGGAACUUGUAAGGAGAGAAAGAGGCAGCUGGAUGCGCUGGGGCUGGCUCAGCUGGGGAACAAGAACAGCAUAAAGGGCGUGAUGCCGUUCCUAGGAAGUUUCCAUGGCCAAGGGGGAGGAACUAGGCUGAGGGCCAAAGUCUGAUUUCAGUCACACUGACCGUGUUGAGUCUGGAGUUAUUCACUGACUUCAACACUAGGUUGGCACCAGUGUCCUUUAGAGCAGAGUUUGGUCUAUCAGGGGAAAAUAAAGCAAAGGGAGACUGAAUAGCUGGGGCCAUCCCCUAAUGGGGGUGACUCUGACCUGAACAAUAUGCUGGAGGAAUCAGUGUUGCAUUGGGUGAGGGUAAGGCAGCGGUACUCAAUUAGAUCUACCCGCGGGCUGACUGGAGAAUGUUAUGACCCGAGCCGGGCCGUUUGCGCAGAAGGCUGACAUUUAAAACAAAUAAUAAUUUCAGCUGCCAAUAAAG